AUGAAACCUUAUGGUCAUUGCAGUACCAUUCGAAUGGAAAUUAGGACCUAUCAUUAUGAUCCAACAACAAAAGAGCAAUCAAAAGUUUGGGUGUCACAAAUUGAUCCGCGACCAACCAAAUCCAUACCAUUAGAACGUAGUGAAACGGUAACAAAGAGAUGGUAUGUCGACAGCUGUCUACCACAAGUCUACGAAACAGUAUCGGAAUGGCGACAAAAGACUGGUCUUCGUGGUCUCAUUUUGCAUGAUGAUAACGCGAGGCCGCAUAGAGCCGGAAUUGUUAACGAAUUUCUGGCCGAAAAUCGUGUUGAACCAUAUAGAAAUCCACCGUGUUCUCCAGAUCUAAGUCCGUGUGACUUCUUUAUGUUUGCAAAACUCAAAAAUCAACUACGUGGAAUUCGAUUCGACGAUGACAAUGCAAUGCUGAAUGCGUUAGAACAAGCCAUUGGCAGCCUCAUAAAGGAUGAUUUCAAAAACUGUUUUGAUGACUGGUUUAUCCGAAUGCACAAGUGCAUUGAUGCUGAUGGACAGUACUUUGAAAAACUACAUUAG